UAAAACCAGGCGGGAGGCGCAGAGCGGAGCACGACAGAGAUCAGGAGCCAGGACGGAGAGACCAGCGCACGGAGGGAAGAAAUACACUGAUUAAAAGAGUAGGACAAGAAGGAGUGGGAGGAAGAGGAGGAGGAGGAGGCCUCACGGGCUGUUGGAUGUACAAGGCGUGCGGGUGUUUCGCGGGGAAUGCGCGGCUCCUCCUCAGCUGCUCUGCAACUUUCUGAGUCUGUGCUCUCAUGGUGAGGAGGACGUAGAGGAUGGGAGUAACCUGGUCCUCCAAAUGCCUGGCACUGCUUCUAGCGCUGCACAUAGUAUCUGUGUUGCAGACGGUGCUGGUCAGUGCUGGUCAGUGUGACUCGGUGUUCAAAGGCUUCUCAGACUGCCUGCUUCAGCUGGGGGAGAAUAUGGCCAACUAUCCCCAGGGCCUGGAUGACAGCGACAACCUGCACAAGAUCUGCACUUACUGGGAUGACUUCCACUCCUGUGCCACGACGGCGCUGGCUGACUGCCAGGAGGGAGCGACGGACCUCUGGGAGAAACUGAAAAAGGAGUCCCGCAACCUGGAUUUCCGUGGGAGUUUGUUUGAACUCUGUAGCGGUGGAAACGGAGCCCCCAGAUCUGCUGACGCCAGAGGCCUGGCCUUGGCCCUCACCACACUGCCCACCAUACUGACUUGGCUGGCGUUUUAACAGAAACAAGGAAAACACACAAAUGGAAAAAAAGGAAAAACUCAAAUGGAAAAAAAGAAUACAUACUGAAAAUACAACAUCAAGGAUUGAGUUUGAAUUCAUCACCAGAAAAUUACACCCAGAAUGGAUUUUUACUACGACACGGCCGUGCAGCGGCAUCGUCCCCUCAGGCACCUGCAGAACAUCUUACUGCAGCGCCCAUCCAAUCACAGGCUGACCUGACCCAGAGGUUGAUAACAUGAAAUAUUCAACACGCCGUUGAUCUGAAAUGAUGACAAUGAUAAAAAUUGGAUGGAUCCUUGCCUGCUUAUAAUUGUGGAAUUACACAGUAUUAAAGUCAACCAUGAAUUAUUGAUGUUUAGUAGGCUAGGUCUAGACAGCACUGUGUGACUGCUGGCUGCUGACACACUACCAGGCUAGGGUCCCAUAUAGCCUAAGGCACACUUGUGUAAUGUGAGGCUAAGCUUAAAUCCACAAAAUCAGUAAGACAAGCUGAGGACUAGAGCCCAUUUCAGGCCGGUCGCCUCAUUUUCAUUACGGACAGUUUUCCCUUUUUUACUGCACCAAGUUGACCCUGUUGGGCCUGGUAGGUUUGAUGGUGAUGUAAUAUUUGUAUUCUCAUUGGCUGUUUAUUGUGUACAGACCAUGGUCACACCAGCUUUCAUCAUCAUUUUGCACAAAGUUUAAUUCAUUUCACUGGUGCUGUCACAGCUGUGGCAGAGUCAGUUCUGUACAGUAUCCUCUUAUACAGCUCCAUGUUUACAGGAUGAUUCGACAGUACAGACCGUGGACCCAUGUAGCACAGCUUGCAGUCAAUCAUUAGCCUGCUGAAAGUGUUCUAAAUUAAUAGUGUUUUACUUUUGGUUGCUGAGCAAGCUAGCUUGCUACUCUGCUAGCUACCACUUAUAAAAUCGAUGCCACACUGAGAAAUCUCACCCUGGCAGGUUCUGGUGUGCUCGUAGCCUUAUUUAUCCCCACUGCGCUCUGAGGUGCAGGGAUGUAGUUGGGGGUGUAAAGCCUGCUUUCCAAUAAAAAAGAGCUUAGACUGAUGUUAAACUGCAUGAAGCCAGUUCAGACAGUCUCUAAACAUUUCAGGAAAUGAGCACAAACUCUGAUAUGUUGAUUACUGCUGGUGAGGGAAAGGAAUAAGGAACAGCAGCAAGGAAGUAGACAUGGCAGUUUCCCACUUCUGGUACCAUGGGUUGUUUGUUACAGAUUUCCACCUAUGAAAAUUGUUUAAUUGGCUCAAGAGCUGCUGUAGUCCAGACUCAUGGGAUUUUUUAACAGAUAGCAAUAUAAUUCAGGUCAAUAUUUGGGCCUCAAGUUUUGUUUCUCUACACCUGGUUGCUCAGCCCACAUACAGCACGACUGUCUGAUGCUACUUCUACACCUGGGCCAUUUCUGGCGCGCAGGUAGAAAAUCUUCCACUGGAGGAUAAUAGCCGAGAGGGGCCCUACAAGUAUAUGGGUCAGACAUGGGCCAUGGAUCCAGGUGUAUACUGAGCCAGAACCUUUUACUAGAAACAUUUUGUGAUCUUCUGCAGUAGAUUCUGCACUGUCAGAAAGUUGCUCAUACUGUUUACCACUAACAGUUGUUUGCCUCAAGUUAGCUAACAUUCUAGUUUAGUAGCUAAAUCAAUCUGAUGAAGGGUAGCUCAUAAUUCAAAUUAAACAGUUAGCAAAAAUGGUUCAGUUAGCUAAUGUCACAUGGGAUGUAGCUGCUAAUAGUUUAGUUUAGCAGCUAAAACAGACUGAGAUAGGUUAGCUAAGAGUUUGGCUACUAGAAAGGUUUGAUUAAGCAGUUAAAACAAAACCAGUUGGGUUAGCUAAGAGUUUAAUUUAGCAACUGCACCAGAAUAGGUUAGGCCGGUUAACAAUAAAUCAGACACCGUGUGGGUUGGCAGCUGAAUGACACCGUGUCAGGUUAGCAAAGCAUUUGUUUAGUAGCUAGAACAUGUCAAGUCUGGUUAGCGCCAGUUUAGCGUUUAUAACAUGAAUUAUGCAAAUGGAUGGAUUACACGCCAGAUCAGAUUGGGUUAAGUUAACUAACAGGUCAGUUUAGCCGUUAGCUAAAAGUUAGCACAAAGCAAAUGCUGCUAAUGAUCUCAAAGAGUUUGAUUUAUCUUUUAUAUAUUUAAACAAUACAAACGUCUUCUUCAGGACCACAUUCUGGCAUUUAAACCCAAGCCAUCAGAGUUUAAGUGAAAUUUUUAAUGAAGUAAACCACAACAGGUGUGGACAAGCAUUUCUGUCUUUUCUUGCUUGAAUCUAUUUGUGUCUUCAGACAAUGUGCUUAUUUCCUGAAAUCUCAUGGUCACUUUUGACGUGAAAGUAGAAACACAAAAUCGACUUUAGUUCACGUCAGUGGUGGAUUUCCUAACAUCCUUCUGUCCUGCCACAUCCCUGCUCAGCUGAACCAUGAGUGAAUAUUGAAUGAGUGAAUCUGUGUGCAAAUCAAUUACUGAAGGAAAUAAAAAGUUUUUGACAAACAUACAGCAAUAUAAAGAUGUGACGUCAUAGCCAGUGUAGCUAAAAAAAAGUUAAAGGGUGAUAUGACUGUUGCCAUUAAGCACAAACCCCAUUUCCAUGCGCCAGUGAUUCAUACUAGAUGACCUUAGAGGCGAUAUAUUUUAGGUCUGUAUGUUAGAUUAAAAAGCUGAGUCCCAAUGGUACAGUAGCAUUAUAAACUACAUAAAUACAGUAAAUUAAAUUCAGAUUGUUUAUUUGCUGAGGUACAGUUGUUUCCACUGCCUUCUGACAAAAAAAUGUAUAUUUCUGUUUGUUGGUUGGUUGGUUUGUCUCUUUGUUUGUUUACAGGGAUGUUGUACAACAAAAAGAACUUAAAAAUUGACUUAUUCCAAAAAUCUAACAAAAGAAUAUGUAUAUCAGAAUGAGUCUGAGAAAAUAAAAAGUUCUAUUAUAAGAUAAAUAGUUUAUCCCAGACAGUUUUAACAAAUUAAAGAUGAAUACUUUACAGAUUAUAGGCCUACAGAGAUAUUUAAAAAAUAAAAAUAAAGAUUGCUAAAAUAAUAAAGAGUAUUAAAUAAAUGGACUCAUGUUUGAAAAGAAGUGUGCUGUCAUUUUGAUCGGGGGAUAAAAUUGUGGUUUUAUCUACUGAGUUUAGUUUGUGCAUCGGUGAUGACUCCUCACACAGUGGGUUCAUGUUGAUGAAGAGGAGGAGGAUAUGAGAGGUUCACUCUUCUGUCUAAGGAUAAUCCAAGAUGGCAAGACCUUCAAAGCCACCUUCAUUUGAUUUUAAAACACAAAGUCUUUGUGAUAUUUAAGAUGAACAGGAUGCAAGAUGUAGUUGCAAU